UCUUUGUUCAUAUUGCAGGUCUUUUAAGAUUUGUUGAGUAAAAUAUCUUUGCCAACAUAUAUUAAGUAACCUUUAGCGACAAUAUUUUCUUCAACAUUGGAAUCAAUAGUGUCAAUAUGUCAAGACCUACAUUGCGUAUUAACAGAACCAGUAUUACGUGUAUGCGGUGGGAUGAUGAGUCUUCGGAUUAUUACGAUAGUGCGUCAUUAAAAGAAGAUGAAGAGGAAGAAGAAGAAAAGCAGAAACCACCCAAAUCGUGGGAUGUAUUCAGGAAUUUCACCCCAAAACCCGAAAGCGGUUCCAUGACCGACCAACGAUGCUUCAACGUGAUACUCCAAAUAAUUAAAAUACUCGCUUACGGAAUAAUAUUUUUCGUCGUCCUAGCUGGGAGCGUUUUUGCGAAAAGUAGUAUACUAUUUGCUGCUUCUCACUUAAAGGAAGACAAAUUAAUUCCAUAUUGUAACCGCGCGGCAGGAGUGGACGAACACUUUAUUGCGAAACUUCCCAUAAAAGGACAAGCUGGUUGGCUCUGGUGCAUCACUUUUGCAUUCAUCAUCCCGGAAAUCUUUGCCUUGAUUCGCAGCAUUCGAAUAUGCAUGUUCAAGAAGUCGAAGAUACCAGCUGCACCUCUACUUCUUUCAGUAUUUCUCAUUGAAGCCUUGCACGUAAUCGGUAUUGCGUUGCUCUUUCUUGUAGUAUUGCCGGAAAUGGGUUCCUUGCAAGGCACCAUGCUAACCAGUUGCAUCUGCUUCGUACCUGGUGUCCUCUCAAUGCUUUCAAGGAACAGAAGCCAGUUCUCUUCUGCCGGAAUAUUUUUCCUUGUUAUCGUCGUAGACUUCUUAGCGUUAAUUCUACAGUCUUCAGGAUUCAUAACAUGGGUACUAAAAAACGAUGGAAAGACUUAUAAAUAUUUCCAGUCAAUUGUUUGGAUUCUUCCUUGCGCACUUAUAUUGUCAUCCUGUCGAUGGUGGAGCAAUUAUGUCUCUUCGAACAGUGUCUUCGGUUUAAUCAGGUUGUGGGCGAAAACAAGAGAGAGAUUGAGACCAAGCCGGCAUUUAAUUCGAGGUCUUACCGCUGUUUGGAGAACACUCAUCUUCACAACUUGCUCUAUUUCAAUUGCUCUCUGGAAGGAAAUUAAACUAAGUACUCUUCUAUCCAAUGAUGUAUUUUCUACAUACAAUGUCACGAUCGUGCAGGUCACUCCGGAUAUCAAGCCAUCGGAUAUUCUCGAAUCUGUAAUCGAAGCAAAAUCAUUCACAGUGUCUACAAAUGGCUACGUACCUCUUUACUCAUUACUGAUUCACGCAACUGGGGCGAAAUUGGCAUAUGAAUUUGGAAAAUUCGCCUGCAGAACGCAAAUGCAGGGCUUCGGUUUCGCCUUUCCUGCAAGUUUAGCCACUCCUGUAACUUUAUCAGUUGUUACGGCGUUAUGUGCUUUGCGUCAUCAUAAUGUCUGCAUUUUUAAUUCCAUAAUACCUGACCAUUUAUUUUUCGACUGUUCUACCCCGCUGUUUCAAUCUCUCGGCGAUUUUCUUCAACACCAAACCUCAUGGAUCUGGUUUUCUUGGUUUCUGUCCCAAAUGUGGAUUACGUCUCACGUGUGGACUCCUAAAGGCGAAAGAUUGGCUUCCACGUCCUCCCUUUUUGCCAUUUCAAGUUACGAUUCACUUUUCGUGGACCAAUCGAUGAUGCUCAAUCGAAGGAAAAAUGAUACCCAAGGAAAUGAUACGCAAGAUGAUGAUGAAGAUAGCGAUGAGGAAGAGGAAUAUGUCAUCUAUCAGAGAUCUCGAAGUCCUUCAGGUCAUCGAGAUUUGGGAAGAAGUGCUAUCAGAGACAAGGAUUAUAUCACAAAGAUAUAUGCCUGUGCUACAAUGUGGCACGAAACAAAGGAAGAGAUGGACCAAUUUGUUAACAGCAUUUUGAGACUGGAUGAAAAUCAAUGUGCCAUGCGAAUUGCCCAGAAGUAUCUCAAACGACCUGUUCGAGAUUAUUAUAAACUGGAGAUUCAUAUAUUUUUCGACGAUGCAUUUUGUUGCAUGCAUGGCUGCACGUCGGUGUGUGGACAUGACGAGAACGAAACUAUGGUUAAUAGUUAUGUGAAGGAUCUUGUUGUGGCAGUUGAAGAAAACAUAACAAAACUCCACAUGCGAGCAUUGCCUCCCUUAAAGUAUCCAGCUCCCUAUGGAGGAAGAUUAUUGUGGGUUCUUCCAGGAAAAAAUAAAAUGAUCGCUCAUUUAAAGGAUAAGAAUAAAAUACGACAUAGGAAACGUUGGAGCCAGGUGAUGUAUAUGUACUAUCUUCUUGGUCAUCGAAUAAUGGAGCAGCCAAUAGAUGUGAGCCGUAAAGAGGUCCUUGCAGAAAACACAUAUAUCCUCACUUUAGAUGGAGACAUUGAUUUUCAACCGAUGGCAGUCAAGGUUUUGGUGGAUCUUAUGGAGAAAAAUCGGGAUCUUGGAGCAGCUUGCGGUCGGAUUCAUCCCAUUGGAUCUGGGCCCCUGGUGUGGUUCCAAAAAUUUGAGUAUGCAAUUGGACAUUGGCUGCAAAAGUCUACGGAACACUUAAUUGGCUGCGUACUCUGCAGUCCAGGUUGUUUUUCGUUAUUUAGGGCGAAAGCUUUAAUGGAAGACAAUGUUAUGAAGAAAUAUGCAACAAAGUCAACGGAAGCGAGACACUAUGUACAAUAUGAUCAAGGCGAAGACCGAUGGCUCUGCACUUUGAUCCUACAAAUAGGCUAUCGAGUUGAGUAUUCGGCAGCUAGUGAUGCCUAUACUCAUGCACCGGAGUCCUUUAAUGAAUUUUACAAUCAACGACGCAGAUGGAUACCAUCAACCUUGGCGAACAUUUAUGACCUGCUCAGUACUUCAAAACGUACAAGAGAGAAGAACGACAACAUCUCUUGGCUUUACAUUGUCUACCAGUGGAUCAUAAUGGGCAGCACCAUUUUGGGACCAGGAACAAUCUUCUUAAUGCUGGUAGGGGCCUUUGUCGCAGCAUUUAACAUCGACAACUGGACCAGCUUCGGAUACAAUCUCAUUCCUCUCACAAUUUUUAUAUUGGUUUGUUUUCUAUGCAAACCCAAAAUACAGCUUCUAAUGGCGGCAAUAAUCAGCGCGGUUUACGGUCUCAUCAUGAUAGCUGUUCUGGUUGGGAUUAUGCUACAAAUCGCGCAGGACGGUUGGUUGGCGCCGAGCUCACUUCUUUUCUUCGUGAUUGCUGCUCAAUUGACUAUUGCUGGGUUUCUGCACCCCCAAGAAUUGCUUUGUCUGCCUUGUGGAGUGAUUUAUUAUGUGACCGUACCAUCCAUGUACAUGUUGCUCAUAAUAUUCUCACUUUUUAAUAUCAACAAUGUCACUUGGGGAACGAGAGAAAGCAAACCAGCAACAACGGAAUUUGCAUCUACAAAUAUAGAAGGCAACGAUGAUAAAUGUAAGAAAAAAUGGCCGUUUGACUCUCUUCGAGGUAACUCAAGUAAUGGACGAGGCUCCGUUGUAUUUUCACUUGCCGGGCUCUUCAAGUGCAUCUGCUGCUUAAAUGAGAAUGAACCAACUAAAGAAAUGAUUCGAUUGGAAGCCAUUUCUAAUUCACUGAAAGAUAUCGACACCCAACUCGAUGCAUUAGAGAGAAUUAUCGAACGACAGGCUCGGCAACCCACUCCAAGUAAAAAACAUUCCGUGGUGAGUACUACCUCCACUUUACAUGGUGCCGAAAAUUUACUGCCAAAUGGACCAGCUUCGCCGAUCGAGAUUUACGAUGAAGAAUCGCCUAGCUACGAGGAAACGGAAAAUACUCCAUUGUUGGAAUGUCCGGAGGAAACUACCGAGAAAAGGAAUACGAUAACUGACAACGGCGUUAUCGAGAAGAUCGAAACUGCUAACGAAGAACCGUCUUUUCUCGUAAGUCCUUAUUGGCUGCGAGAUAAAAGUCUUGGAGAUGGACGGGUCGACUUCCUUACCGACGUUGAAGAAACAUUUUGGAAGGAACUGAUCAGCACUUAUCUUUCCCCUAUCGAAGAAAAUAAGAAAGAACAGGAAAAGACAGCUCAAGACUUGAAGAACUUGCGGGACGAGUACCUUUUCCGAUUCUUCAUGGUAAAUGCUCUUUUCCUGCUCAUCGUCUUCCUAAUGCAGCUCAAUAAGGACAUUUUACACUUCCAGUGGCCACUGGACGUUAAAUAUAACAUUUCUUUUACUGUCGAUGACGAAGAAUAUGAAGUCCAUAUAGAGAAAGAGUAUCUUCGUCUUGAGCCCAUCGGCUGCUUAUUUAUCCUGACCUUCGCCACAGUUCUAGUAAUCCAAUUUAUUGCGAUGCUUUUCCAUCGUUUCGACACCUUUUCUCACAUAUUGGCUAAUACAAAAUUGGACUGGUAUUGUUGUAAAGAGCCAACUGAUCUUACCAAGGAUGCAUUACUUGAGAAACAUAUGGUGGAUAUCGUUAGGGUGCUUCAAAGAGACAACGAGUCGGAAGUUUACGGCACACAUCCAGACGAUAUUACACCUGGUAGACGAAAAACCGUGCACAAACUGCAGCAAGGCCAACGAAGAAGAACAACGGCCAACGAUUUCGAGAGAGUCUUUCUCAAGAAUGUUAACGAUCUCAAUAAUCGUGGAAUAUCACGUCUGAUAUCCACCAGAAUGUCAAGUAGAGCUGUCAGAGCAUUUCAGGAGCAGAGAUCUACAGUGAUUGCAGAAAAGAGAAGACUGCAAAUACAAGAACGAGAGUUUGACCGUCCCUACGGUAACACCGACGAGAUGUCCACCUUAACGCAACGAAAUGAUCUACCGAUAGAUCACCAGGUAGUCAAUAAUAAUCGCUUCGAGUAUGACAAUCCAACAUUUGAACUGGAGGAGCCCAAAGCCCCUAACGACGAAGCGUCAUCAGCAGAAGCCAAUCGAAUAAACUUUGAUAACGUUACGUCGACUCUGUAAUUACAACGAAAUUGUAUCGUUAAUGUGCCU